CACAGAGUGAAUCUGUGAGGGGGCUGACCCAAGAUGUGGCAUUCUGUAGCUGUAACAUGUUUGAUCCAUGGAAUUGUUUUGGUGCAAGGACUCUCUGACAGCAGGUCAAAUGACAAUGCUGAAAUGUAUAUGAAUAUUAGUGAAAUAAUUCAAUACAGGGGAUACCCCAGUGAGGAGUAUGAUGUUGUGACAGCAGACGGCUCUAUCUUCAGUGUUAACAGAAUUCCUCAUGGGAAAGUAAAUGCUGACAACGCAGGUCCGAAGCCUGUUGUGUUUCUGCAGCAUGGUUUACUUGCAGAUGGUUCCAGUUGGAUCAUUAAUAUGGCCACGAACAGCCUGGGCUUCAUUCUAGCAGAUGCUGGCUAUGAUGUUUGGAUAGGAAAUAGCAGAGGGAACACUUGGUCCAGACGACAUGUAAACCUUUCAGUGCACCAAGAGGAAUUCUGGGCUUUCAGCUAUGAUGAAAUGGCUAAAUAUGACCAUCCAGCAGUGAUAGAUGUUAUUGUGCAGAAAACUGGACAAGAGAAACUGUAUUAUGUUGGACAUUCGGAAGGCACCACGACAGGUUUAGAAUUGUAUAGUAGCUGCCAUGUAGUAAAAUAA